AUGGCUCCCAAGAAGUCAGCAGCGAAGAGAGGCGCGGAGCUGUUACCUGAAACUGCUGAGCCCAAGGCCAAGGCUGCCAAGGCUGCCAAGGCUGCCGCCAAGACUCCGAAAGCUAAUGGCAGCCAAGACCCGGCACUCAUGGCCAACUUGGCUUCUGGCAGCCCGGGGGUGUCUUCACAGGCGCUUUGCCUGAAUGGUGGAGUUUGGGCAAAACAUGCAGAGAAUGUCCGACGUUUCAAAGAGCAGGCAGUGAGUGAAGAUGCUGUGCAGCUCCGCCCCAACACGCACAGCUUUGGCCAGCCCUUUGAUGAAAAGGCUGCUCUGGAAAGCCUCAAGCGUGAAGGCAAGUACCUUUGCAUCAUGAAUGCUUUGUGGCUUGACCAGAGCUGGUCUGCCACGCCGCAGAUACCAAUCAGUCAAGGCGCCAUUGACCAAGUGAAGUCCCAUUGGUUUUCUACACCGAAUGGUUUGGACCAGCAGCAAGUCACUGUGGGCUUCUUGCGGCGAGAGGUGGACUCAAAGACUGUGCCAGCCUUUGGCACUUGGAAGCGUCUCAGUGCUGAAGAGUCCAUCAUUGCCUUCUUCGAAGCAGCUGCCGCCGAAGCGCAGAAAGUGGAAGCAGGUGCAGCGGGUGAUCAGUUGCAGGAAUGGCUAGGUCAUUGUUUAUCCUGCCCAGUGUUGAUCAGGGUUGUAGCUGACUCGCAAGAGAUGGAGUGGGUGGCCCAGCAGCUGAGGGAGGAUCAGACCCAACUGUCCUUCCUCGCCCGCACACCCACACAGAGGGUGUUUGACGUCAUGCAGAAGAGAGAGGCGAUGGGCGUGGCUUACACGCCAGAGGCGCUUCUGCAGUUGUAUGACGAGAAGCUCAAGUUCAGAUUUCUGGGCCAUGCUUCCAUGGUCAUGGACCGUGCUUUGCGGCAUGACGCAAUUCUGCAGGUGAUCCUGGCGGAAGAAGCUUGUGGCAAGAGCCUUUGGGAUUCUGUCAGCAAGUUGCACGCCAUGGUCUCCAAGUCUACCCGCUUUGAAGAAGUUGCUUGGCUUUUCACGCACAUGCACGAUUCCAAACUGGCUGGCCUUCUUGAAGGAGAAGUGUCUGUGCGGCAGUUGACGGGCCAGGGUGCUACAGGUGGCAAAGGUCUGUGCGAUCUGGUCUUAUACAAGAUGAGGCUCAGAGACUACUUCAUCAGCGACUUCUUGCUUUCAACUGAAGCCAAAGAGAUGCCUGAGAAAUACCGCCAAGCUCUCAAAGACAUCUUUGCUUCCCACGAAGCCUUCCGAAGAAAGGUCGGUUUCCCGGACAGCCCGGCGGACCUCUCAUGGAAAGCUGGGUGGUCACGCUCUGCUGAUCACGUAAUGCAACUGAUUCAGGAGUCAGUCUUUGGCACGGUCUUUGACGACAAUCUCAAAGCAGCUGUGGUGGCAGGUAAAGCUCCCCUGGAUGCCUUGACCAUGGAUACCAAAUUGGGUGAGCGCUAUAGAGAAUUCCAGCAGCUCCUGCGGCAAGAGCUGGAUGAGGCCAGGGCAGAAGCAUCUGCAGCAGCCCGAGCUGAAGCCCAGCAAGGCGCAACUCAAGACCCGGAGGCCCAGGAGGGUUUGCCAGUCAGAAGUGCUGCUUUCAAGGCAUUCCUGGGGGAUGUGCAGGCCAAAAUCGGGGAGAUCAAGAAUGAAGAGACUCUGGCGCAGCUUCAGUACUUCGAGGACAAAGCUCGCAACCUCAUGGCUUCCAACGUCCAGCUCUUUGUCUUCCAACCGUCAGAGAAUGAGUUGUGCGCGUACUUUGACAAAGCAGCUGCUUGCCAAGUCAGAGGUGGUGGUAAUCAGUGGGUGGGAAUCUUUCUGGAUCCUGCUCAGUGGGGUGAAGCUGUGACGAACCCACACAUUCGUGUUUGCCCGUUGAACCAGCAGUACUUGAAGACCUUCUUGGCGUCAGUGGUCAAGUCCAGGGACAAGCAGCAGCUGACCUUGCACCAUCGCGACCUCUUUAUCUACUUUGAUUCGUUCUUGCCUGGCAAUUUGAACAAAGUGCUAGGUUCUUUCCAGACUCCAGCCGGAGAUGCCUUGAACAAAAACUCCUUCGGUGUCUUCAUCUCCUAUGAUGAGGAAAGUCUCAAGCAACGCCGGCAGUACAUCAAAGCAAACUCAACGACUUUUCAGCAAGUUGAGCUAAUGACGCUGGUGACUGCUGAGAAUUUUGGAGACGCCAUGACCAAAACAAACCGCAAGAUCUACAAGGGGACCAACUUCGGGAACAAGAUCGGAGACGUGUUGUUGGAGAGCCCCAAAUUGCUUUGGUCUAUGGCUUUGAAGGACAAAAUCACUUUGUUUGGCAAGUACCGGGUGUCCGUUGGUGGUCGCACCACCGGGGAAGCAGAGAGCCAUCGUGGAGUCAGCAACCGCAAGCUCAACACUGAAGAGCCCGUGUUUUGGCAUAGCCGUCCUUUGAGCCUUUGCCUUGAGCUUUUGGCCAGUUACAACCUGGCUGCCGUGGUGGACGCUGGAGCUGGCGAUGGGAACAUGGCCCUGGCGUGCGCUUUGAGUCGCAUGCCUUACUGCGGUCUCUGCCUCACUGAAGAUCAUUUGACCCAGGUCCAAGACCGCAUUGUCACUGAGAUCAUGCUGCGCAUGCUCUCUUCUUCCGAAAGCGUGUUCGAACCCAAGUUGGCUGCAAGUUUGGGAGGAGAUCGCGCUGGCCGGUCGUCUCAGCCAAGCGGUGCAAGGACGGCAGAGCAGCAAGGCGUCAGCCAUCCAGCCUCUAGCGGAACGACUGGCAACCCACCCAAUACCAGUGGCAAUGACAGUGGCACAGCAGCGUCUGUGCUGAAUGAGUUCAGGGCUCAGUUGGCGAACCUCCAGCAGCAAGGCGCAAGCAAGACUGCCAAGACCACGCUGCUCCCAGCAGAGCCUGGCAAAGUGAAACUCAUAGCUGCGCAGCCUCCAAACACCCCGGCCGAAGUCACGCUGGCUUCUGACUGCUCUGGUCUUUGCACUGAAGGGCCAGCGGUGCGAGUGAACUUGCCUUCAUCUGUCAAUGUGAAGCACAUCUACACUUCUGAAAUUGAUUCCAACUUCAGGAAAUUCAUUUCUGAGUUUGUCAAGCCCCAGCAGUUGGAGAACGACAUGGAGAACACAUUGCAUCUUGGGCGUGUGUGGUUUGAUGUUGACCUUUACGCGGUCGGCAGCCCAUGUCAAAGUUGGAGUCUUGCCGGUAGUAAGUCUGGGGCUGCAGAUUCCAGAGGCGGUCUCAUGGCUCUGAUCCCUUUUCAAAUUGAAAAGCACAAGCCUCGCAGCUUUAUCUCCGAGAAUGUAAAGGGCCUCCCGUCACUCUUUCCCAAGGAAUUCAACUGGCUGAUCCAAGCUUUGAGAGACAUUCAGCUUCCCAAUGGCUACAAUGUUUAUUACAAGCUGCUGGACACACAGCACUUCGGAAUUCCGCAGCACCGCGAACGGGUCUAUAUCAUCGGUAUUCGCCGAGACGUGCAAGUGAAGCACUUUGAGUGGCCAGUGCCUUUCAAGGAGCGGCUCACGCUCAAGCAGCUCCUUGGCAAUCCUGCCAUGGAAUGGAAGUGCAACUUGCGGGAGAAGACACACGAUGUCGACGGCUCAGCUCUAUCCAGCACAGCCCGCAAGAACUUGAUCCAGUUUCAAGACUUUUUGGACAAGAAUCCGGCCAAACAAGACUCUGACUUCAUUGUCGACACAGGCGGUUCUUCAGCAACUUGGAUGGAGGACAAAUGCCCCUGCCUCACUGCCACCAGAUGCAAAGGAAAGCAUUGCUACUGGUGGCAUCAAGGCCAGAGGUUCCUCACCCCGACAGAUUUUUUUUUGCUUCAAGGCGUGUGGCCUGGGGCUUACAAGCCUGGAGAUGUUGAAGAACUUCAACGUUUUCCACAAAGGGUAUUAGGACAUAUGAUUGGCAACGCCAUGUCUGUUUGUGUAGUGCGACGCUUAGUGCGUUUUUUGGCUCACAAAACUAGUCUAACUUGCAACAUGGCAGCAGCAGGUGAGAAGAGAUUGCCCCAAGGUGUCCUCAACAGAGCUGACUUGCAGUUGGGGGUCCAAGCCUUCUUGCGGUGGGAUCCAGCACUCAAGGAGAAGAGCGCGUUCGAGCUGGAAAAUGCUCGUGAGGCUUUGAUUUUUUGCCAGCCUUUCUUCAAGGAAGACCGCACCAGGUCAUGUGCGCUUGCCUGUGCCAUCAUGUUUUUGACCAUCCUUCAGAUGACGCUGGACCGCCCUGACACAGAGCCCACAGACUGUACAUGGACCGCUCACCUUUACACCAGGUCUGGACAAAUCCAGCCUAUGCAAGAGAAGAUCGAGAAAUGUCCAGCUUUGACAUCGCGCGAGUUGCUUGCAGGAAAGGUUGGUGAGUUGGAUAGCGCUGCUUCUUUUCUUUUGGGCGCCAUCAACGCCAUGCCUCAUGACCUGCUGCCCCAGGCGCCGCAUUUCGAAGGCUGUUUCGCUUGCCUGGACGACUUGUUGGUGCAUAUGAAGUUUCGACUUCACCAAAGUUCUUCUGCUAUUUAG